AUGUACAGCUCUCUGGUUGCUCUCUCUCUUUCUCCCCCCCAUCGCGCGCUGUCUGUGCACCUCAAGCUGCAGCACUGCAGCAGCAGCAGCCAGUUUCUCACUUGGGGGCAGACGGGGCCCUUAAGAGCCCCUGGCGCUGCGGUGUCUGCCCAGGCUGCCUCUGUAGAGACAGGGCGAACACUCAUCUGCAUCAGCAGCAGCAGAGUGGCCUCGUUAAUCGCAGGAGGAGUGGCAAUAACGGCAGCAUCAAGAGCAGCAGCAGCAGCAGCAACAGCAACAGCGGUAACAGGAGCUGCAGCUGCAACAGCGGCAGCUGCCGCAGCUCCUGCUCCGUCUCUGACUUUUUCCAGUUGUCUUUCUUGUCGUUUUGUCCAUGGAGAUUCAGAACUAGAGUUCUUCUCAACUGCUGCCUGUACACCGCACUGCCCAGACACCCCGACGGGCCCAGCAGCAGCAGCAGCAACAGCAGCAGCAGCUGCAGCAACAUCAGCAGCAGCAGCAGCAACAUCGGUCGUCGAGAUGGACGGCAGUGUUCAGGAGAGCAACCCCAGUACCGUCAUUGUUUCUGCUUCAUCGAAAGCAGUAGAGACAGCGGCAACAGCAGCAGCAGCAGCAGCAACAGCAGCAACAACAACUGCUGCUGCUGCUUCCUCGAGCAGCUGCCCAGAGCCUGCGCAAGCCGACACCGUUUCAGAGGCCCCCAACAGCCCCAAAAGGGGCCCCCGCAGCGGGGCCCCCUCGAACCCUAGGGGGGACCCCUCCAAGAAGGUGGCCCCCAGGCAAGAUGCAAAGACAAUCUAUCACUUGCUGCCGGAGUCUGAAGCAGCUUUUGCUGCUGCUGGGGGGCCCCCCGAGGGCCCCAAGACUUCUGGGUCUCUUGGGGCAGGCCUGUCUUCAGGGGCCACAGCGGGGGGCCCCCCCCAAGAGUACCCUCCCGAGGGGCCCCUUGCAAAUUCUCGAGAGGGGGCCCCUCCAGGGGGCCCUCUUGGGGUACCGCCUGAGGCACGGCUGAUUACCUCUACGGGGAACAGCCCCGAGGGGACACCUGCAGCGGGGGCCCCCCUGGGGGCCCCUCCGGGGUCCAGUGGAGGGGCCCCUCUGGGGGCCCCUGGCGGGGGCGUUACCCGGGGUUUUGCUGCGGGGGGCCCUGGGGGAGAGUCUUUGGAGUUGAGGAAAGAGAUAGAAAUGAGAAAAGAAAUUGAAAUAAAAAUAAGUGAAGAAGACGAGCAGUCUGCUGUCACUACAGCUGACGCCAGCAGCCCCCGAAGCGCCAGCAGCGAAAUCCGCCAGUUAAAUCAUAUUGGCAAAAGUGGCCAAGGGGUGGAGGGGCCCCCAAGGAGCCACGGGGGGGGCCCCCCCUCCCAAACAGGCAAGCAAGGGGGCCCCCCUGGGGGUCCCCCGAAGGGGCCCCCUUCCCCUUGCUCCUCCCCCCACAAGAAUGCUGGGGGCCCUCCCAGCCCUUUUCAAGGGGGCCUUUUGGCCUCGGAGGCCCUGGGGGCCCCUGGGGCUUGUGGGGCCCCUGGAGAGGCCCCGCGGGCAACUGCUGUGGGGGGCCCCCCAAGGGGACCUCCCCAGGGCAGCCGCGGCGUCUAUUGGGUUUUUAUUUUGUUUUUUCUUGUUGAAGUUUUCAUCAACUUUGAUGCGGGGGUAGUUCCCGCCAUAUUGUCGACUCUUAAGGCGCAGUUUCAGCUCGAUGGGACUACUGAAGGCCUACUGGGGGCCCUGCCAUACGUAGGCCUGGGCCUCUGCAGCCCUUUCGUGGGCCGCGGGCUCACCCGUUUUUCGCCGAAGUCCUUUUGCCUGCUGACGAUGACAGUCAAUUUGGCAGCCACGGUUAUGUUCGGGGUAGCAGUGCAUCGCUGGAUGCUGUAUGUUUCGCGUUUGCUGAUGGGUCUCACUCAAGCUGCCAUCAGCAUCUACACUCCUGUCUGGGUGGACCAUUUCGCGCCUCCUUCUCAGCUCACCCUUUGGAUGGGACUUGCUCAAGGAGGCGUCGUCAUAGGCACCAUGUUGGGUUGUGUCACGGCUGGAGUGUUUGAUGCUGCUGGGAAGUCAGGAUUUGGGGGCCUGGAGUGGCGGCACGCCUUGGCAGUGCAAUUCGUCUGUCUGCUGCUGCUGCUUGUGGGCUGGGCCCUGACGCCGCGCUCGUUGCUGGAGUUUGACCUUACUGCAGCAGCAGCAGCAGCAGCAGCAGACACAGAGCUCGUCUCAGUGGCCUCUUCCAGGGAGGAGGAAGAAGCAGACACGGAGACCGAACCAGAGACAGGAAAGGACAAGGAGGAGCUACUGGGUCUAGGUUUAGAUGUAGGGACUCCAGAGGUGAAGGUAGGCCCUGAGGGGCCCCCAAUGGGGGCUCCCCAGGGCCUACUCCCCUGCAGCCACAAGCAGCAGGGGCCCCGCUCUCGGCGGGCGCAGAGUGCAUCAGGAGCUCAGGGCCUCAGGAGCAGCGGGCGCGCCAGGAAUGCCGCAGGCUCACCUGGUGGACCCCCAGCAUCCUCUAGUGCUGCUGGGGACGCUGGGGAGAAGCAAGGAGAAAGCAAAAAUGCAGAGACUCAGGGGGCCCCUAGAGCUGCUGGAAAGGAAAAGAAGCAAGUGCAAGCAGCCCAUAGACAUUCAGACCUCCCGGAGUACCUAAAAGAUCCUCUUUCGAACUUUCUGCCUCUGGACUUUUUCGCAACCAGCGCAGACCACCGCAGGGUGUCUCGACACCCCGGAGGGGGCCCGUUGCCCCGACGCCUCGAGGGCCGCCACAGCGCCUUCUGCGGCUGCGAGGCCUUCAGGUACACAGAAAGGGCAUUUUCCCCGGGAAGUUGGGGCCCCCGGGGCUUGCCAGUGCAAGGGGGGCCUCCCGGGCCCCUGAUGAGCCGGGCCCACUCGGCUGUGGACUCGCGGGAGGGCGAGCGGUGGGCGCCUUUAGCGGGUGCCUUUCGGGAGGACGUUGCUGCUUGUGGAGCAGCGCCUGCUGUGGGAGCUGCUGCGGCGGCUGCUGCUGCUGCAGGCAGCAGCGCCGCUGCUGCGCCCGGCCCCGAAGGCGUGCAGACCUUUCAGUACCAAAUGACUUUCCUCACCCCCCACCCAACUACUCUUGCUUUUGAGGCUCUUAAUUGGGCCUCUGGCACACAAGACCCAAUGGUUUUGGUGCAGAGAGACCCGCGGCAGGCGCAGGCUGCAGAGACUGCUGAGGGUUUGGGGCCCCCGCAGGGGCCCCCGCAGGGGCCCCUGGAGCCGCGCAAAGAUGGAGAGCACGGGAGCAGGGUUGCGCCCGCCGACGCAGCACUGGCAGCUCAAGCAGCUCCUGAAGGGGGGCCCCUCAAGGGGCCCCCAGAGGUGGACCUGGAGCUGAACUGCAGGGAAAUGGCGCAGGCAGCAGCAGCAGAGAGGCAGCAAGUGGAGACAACAGCAACGUCCAGCCCGCGGAGCGUGGCCAAGACGUACGGGGUCGGGGACUCCGUGCGAAUUUUGUUUUCGAGCCCGCUGUACGUUUGCGUCACUUUUGCCCUUUGCGCUCUUUUCUUCGAAGUGACUGCAAUUCAGUUUUGGUCCAUUUCUUACUUUCACGAGGUCCUACAGUACCCCACAGCAACUGUGCUGGUGUCCUUCAAUGCCACUGCUGCAACAGCUCCUAUUUUGGGGGUCUUGGGCGGCGGCUGGUUCAUAGACUUCGUGGGAGGCUACAAGGACGAGCGGGGAAUGCGGCGCACGAUGUCAGUGCUGCUGCUGUGGGCUGUGGGCUGUUUGCUGCUGGGCGUGGGGGCUGGCUGGUCGAGCAACUUUUGGUUUAUUGUUUUUUGCAUGUGGUGCAUUCUUUUUCUGGGGGGAGGCAUUUUGCCCGCCGCCACGGGCAUAGUGAUCGCCUCAGUCCCAGUCGAAGUCCGAGCCUUCGGCAGCGGCUUCUGCAUGAUGAUCUACAAUGUGCUGGGUUAUGUCUUGGGCACAUUUCUCCCGGGCAUUCUCAUUGAGGCCGCCAGCCUUCUUUGGGGAAUGAGGGUAAUUUACUUGUGGUCCAUCAACGGCGUGAUUGGCUUUGCAUGCGCCUGCUGCUUCCUCUGGCGCUUGAGAAUCGAACCGAAGUUCAUUUCAGAAGUGCAGGGAGACCCUUGGGUCGAGCACUUGAAGGCAGACAGCCGGCAGGAAGUCAGUGGGGAAGCUGCUGCUGAAAGCAGAUACCCAAGUAGCCAGCUGGGGAACAGCUAG